GUGCGUCGUCUCGGCCUCGGCAAAGACGGCCCGCAGCCGACCUUCGACCUGACUGAUCCGUACUGCAACAACGUAUCCUAUGACUACGUGCCCAUGCAUGACCCACACCUGGCUCAUCACUUCGCGCAGAAGCCGGCGAGGAGACGCAUGAAGCAGCUCGGCUACUGCACCAAGGAAGGCAGGGCGGUGUGCUCACUGAAGGAGUUCAAUCAGUACAGGAAAUAUCUGUACAAUCAGUUCAUGGACCGAAUUCAUGUGGAGAUGAGGAAUCUGGAUGAGCGAGCGCGCGAUGACUUGACGCUGAAGCGAGUGGAGGUGGACGUGGCGCGGCGGUUGCAGGUAUUCACCAAAGCGGAGAAGGCCAGAGAACACCUAGAGAGGGUAGCGCAGGAACAUGCAGAUGAAUGGGCCGAAAAAAAACGACUAGCCAAAGAACAAGAAAAGAAAAUACAAGCCAGAAUGAAAUAUUUGGCGGAGUACAACGAGAAGCAACGUCGCGAGCGAGCGGCGCGUGCGCAUGAGAAACAGAACCGAAUAAAGCAGAGAGUUCAGGCCGCAGCCGAGAUGGAGUUGCGUAGAAAGAUCACCAUGGUGCGCCAGUGGCGGACGAAUGAAAAGAAGCGAUUGAAUCGACUCAAGCAAGAAAGGGAGGCCAAAAAGAAACGACUUGAGGAUGAGGCAAAUGAGAAAUGGAGAAUGCGUGUAGAGGCUCAGAAUCAAAAAAUACAAGAAGAAGCACUCCUCCUCAAGCUGUACACAGAAGAUAUGACGGCUGGAGCGAUGAGACGAGCAAAGAAGGCAGAAGUUUACGCGUACAAUACGGACUUGGAACUGCAGAGAAUCAGACUAGCCAAUUGGAAACAAAUCCACGGCGGCACAGCGAAGGCGAAUCAACUCGUUAGGAAAAUGGGCGUGGAAUUUGAAAAGUCCAAGCGUGGAGCAAAAGGCAUGAGCCCUGAGCUAGCGCAGCAACUGGCGGUCGAGGCGAUGGCCACAGCGGUGUCGACACAAGGCGACGCUCUGAUGACUUUGGGACAGGCGCGGGCCAGGAUGGAUCUGCAAACUGUGUUGCCUUCUGCUCCAGUCAAGUUGCUUGAAGAGAUGUUGGAGAACGCGGUGACGGAGUUCGCGCGGCGGCGCGUGCACCUGCUGCUGCGCGACGUGGAGCGCGUGGUGAGCUCGCGCGCCGCGCACGUGUUCUUCCAGAACUACCGCCCCACCGCCGCCAAGAAACGCGCGAAAGUACCACGAUGGUCCGUCCAAGUGGCAGCAGAGCUGGCGAGGCAAUACGUGAACGUUCACGGCGCGUCGAUAGCGUUCGGCGAGAUCGUGACCAUCGCGCCGGAGACCACCACCGAUGUCGACAUGAAGAGCGUCAAGGAUCGACCCCCCACGCCUGUGCCGUCCCUGACUAAACUGGCCGAGGUGACGUUCUGUGACCGCAUUGAAGAUCUCCCUGAUCCUGUGGCUGUCGGCACCUACUUGCCAGAAAGAAAAAAAUUGCUGGAGAUGAUAAACACAGCUGCGAAAUUAUUGUCGAGAAUGGUGAGCCAGCGCGUGCAGAAGGGCAUGGAUAUCACUGUGGGCAAAGUCACGUUGCCACAUAUGAGACAUCCUAUGGAGUGGGGCGAAGCCGUCGAAGGCCUGGCUGAAGCGGUCGUCGACAACCGCAUACACACAGACUGCGCUGACGUUCGACGCACCGGCGAGUUUCUUGCCCAUCGUAUACUGCGAUCGUUGCUCAUUGAAAUGAAAGAAGAGAAAAAUAAGAGAAAAACCAGCGCGAGUUCUGCGUGGUCGGAAAUGACGGAACAAAGGGAUUUCUACGUGCCUGGCGAAGUGAAGGAGAGCGACUUGAAGGACGUGGAGAUAGCUGAUCUCGAUUGAAGAGGCUCCAUCAGCUACAUCUUAAAAACAUUAAUAUUCUCGAUGACAAACGGUUGAAAAAUGAAUACCCACUUAUUUCGUCGAGACGUGUAAUUCAAACAAAAUUUAUUAUCCGAGACAUUCGCUUGUUUAGAAAUCUUUUUUUCUAGUGCUUUUCCAAGUUU